UGAAGCGGCGUUAAUCCGCCAUGGUGGACGCCGAGAAUGCUGAAUGGCUUGGUGUCAUAGAACGGCAACAGCAGGAGAUCGAGCUACUGCGACAAGAACUGGCUGCCGUAACAAGCCGCGAUGGCGCUUGUUCUUCAUUAGAACGUUGCGGUAGUGACGCCAGCCUCGCGAGUAGCGUAGCAUCAUUGGCUUUUUCGGUCUUGUCCAUGCGAGACAACGGCUCAGAGCUGCCUAUGGACAGCGAGCGAUACGCCAAGAUCUGCGAGAAGAUGGAGCGUAUGCGAGCGGCGUUGGCCAAGAAAGACGCUAAACUACGGAAGGCUCGAGCUCAGUGUAGUGAGGACCAGAAGGAGGCUGCACGGCUUAGAGACGCUAUGGCGACGCUGAGAUCAGAAAUGGACACGUUCUGUGCACAGCAUGCACGUGAACACGCUGCGUCUCAAGUCGCCGUUAACGAAGCGGUUGAGAAGGCGGCACAAGCUCUCAUGAAGAGCGACUUACUAAGUGCUGAGCUUAUUAAAUUACGAGAAGGUGAAGCAGCACUGCGUGAAGACAUUCGCAUACAUAGCAAGGCUGCGAAAGCUGCUGACAUCGUACGAGAGAAACUGCAACAAGAACUUGAUCAAACGCGUCAUCUAGCGGCAGAUGCACAGAGCGAAAAGACCGCUUUACAGGACAGUCUUAUCCAACAAGAGCGAAAGAGCGACUCUGAGUGGAAUAACUUAAGAACUCAAAUGCUGCAACAGCGCGUAAAUGAUCUUGAGGCCACUGCUCAGCAGCAAAGUAUACAACUUAACCAACAGACUAGACUGAUCGAUCAGCAAAACCAACAGAUCCAGCAGUUCAAGGAACGGCAAUUUGCGGCAGAACGAGCAUUUACGGCAGAACACGCUGAGAAUCAGAGGCAUGCGGCACAUUUAUUGAAAAGUAAUAUCAUGCUGCAACAAGACCUGGAGCAUGAACAAGCGAGAUGCCAAAAGCUUCAUCAACAAGUCCAACAACAGUUCGAGACGUCUCAGAUGCUCGUCGAAGACUUGCUCCAGUCCAAGCUUAAAGUCACGAAAAGAGAUCAAUUGUUGCAUCAACGCGGUGAAAAGUACUGCGAGCUUCUCGAUGAAUAUCGAGUCUUAACACGACACACGCAAGCAUUGGAGCUGUCGGAACGUGAGCUUGUUUCAGUGCUCAUUCCAACCAAGAAGCGGCUCGCACUUCUUCAGGACACGUUGACGCGGUUCUGCUACGAGCUGGAGGGCGUCACCAAGCAAAUGGUGACCAGCCGGAAUCGUGAGGUUUCACUGGGACGGGCGUUGCGGGAGUAUGGAAAGCGCAACCGAGAGCUCCAAGCGAGCGUAGUUAUUGCCCGACAACAGGUGUGAUACUCUUCGCAGUCCUGUUCACAGUGACAAAUUUGUGGGGUUAACCUUUGUGCAGUUUUAUUCCAUUGUGAGCGCUUUCCGUAGUAGUGAGAAGCGCAAGAAGCAGGCGAUCUCUACCAACUGGAACCUCAAACGCGAUCUGGUGGUCGAACGUUGUCAACGCACAGAGUACGGUGACAUUUACCUGCAUGGUUGUCUAGUUUAGAACCGCUCAACGUGCCUGAUGCUUGAUCUUUGUGUUUGUUAUACAGUUUGGUUCGGCAAUGCAAAGAGUUGGAGACUUGUCUGGAUUCGUGCCAGACUUCGGCGGCUGAGACCCAAGCGCGCGCUGAAGUACUUGAAAAGGAUAACGGUAUCCUGCAGCACGCUGUCACACAGCUGGUAGCCUACGCCAAAGAGCUCAGUGAUUCGCAACAAUCGCUUCAGCGAGAACUCACCUUCCUCGAAAUCACUGGCAGACGACACCCUGCAGUAUAUGGCUGACAAAUAACGCUGAUAAAUAGCGUUUUGAUUAAAUUGAAGAAAAAAGACUGUCACUAUAGUCUGAUCAAUCUAGACGCUCUCCAUGACGAUAUUGGGCGGGUUCGCGGUGCCUCCCUUCAUGAGCCGGAUCGAGUGCUGCAGAUUACGCAGCCAGUCGAUAAGCCCUUUCAUCACCAGAUUCCUCUCGUACACCUCCUGCA